GGGGAUUAGUCUUUAUAUUUUUUAUUGGGUUCUUUCAGGAUCCUUGUUUUGCAACUGUCUGUAAGCAAAUAAAUCUCAAGGUUGUAUAAUUUAUUUAUUCUUUGAUAAUAAAUGUACUUUGAAUUCUUGAGGUCUGAAAUGCAGCCAGAGCUUUCACAUUGAAAUUGAUGGGAAAUGUACAAAUCUUUACACAAUACAAUGUUUUCUUUAAAAGAGACUUGUUGUCUAUAAGAUGAUCUGAACACCUAUUAUGGAAAGCCCUGUUGAACGGAUGUGACUGCAUGAUAAGAUAAAACAAAGUUAAUACUCAUGAUAAUCCUGUAGUUCACUUCCUGUGCCGGGCUGGUAGACUCACCCAAAAUUGAAGAUCUGAUAUGGCUGAACAAGCAAAACAUAGCUAUACUCCAAUUUGGAUCUUUGCCUUGAUAAAUCUUGUCCAAGCUAUGCAAGGACUUAAAAUUGAGUAUGUUCCAAAGGUGACUGCAUCAGUUGGCGAGAACGUCACUUUAAAAUGCAUACUAUCAGGGCAGGAAACCGCAAGAGUUCUACAGAUCCAAUGGAGUGGUGAGACUAUUGAUCAUUCACUCAAUCAUUCAUUGAUCAUAAUUGCCAAUAAGGAUUAUGGCAUUUAUCACUUUCUGGAUUCAGUUAAAUUUGAGUCCCAAUCACCAACUGAAGGAAUGGCAAGUAUUUGUAUCACAAACGUACAAGAGUCUGCUGCUGGAACGUACACAUGUUCAGUAGUCACCUUUCCAGAAGGAAGUUUCAAGGUGUCAAUCAUUCUCACUGUUAUCAAAAAAGAUUUAUCCACGUCAUCAAUAAAACUGAUUACAUUCACCUCUCAACACACAAGUUGGCAAGACACUGAAUCUUAUUCAAGCACAGAAUUGACUACAAGCCCCAAGUUACCAUUUGUUACUGAUUCAUCAACUACACCAGCAGCUGCUUCUAACACCAGCUCAUUCACCAGUGCUGGAUUGUCUACUAUCUUUCAAGAAUCUCAGUCUUCAUAUACUGUUGUACCGUCCAUCAAUACUGAAAUUUCAAACAGUCCUGGACCAUCAUUUACCAAUGAGCUAUCAAACACAGAAGGACAGAUGAGCACUCUUCAGCCAUUAAUUAGUUUGGGGUCAUCUACAGGAUUUGUGAAAAGUUCAAAUGUACCAAUUGAUGAAACUAGUUUGUAUACAACAAUGAGCUGGAACAGAACAAUUGCCACAGACAUCACCAAAGAUGUGCCUCUGAUUAAGCAACACACAUCAAAGUUGCUGGUGAACGCAGCAGGCCAGGCAGCAUCUCUAGGAAGAGGUACAGUCGACGUUUUGGGCCGAGACCCUUCGUCGGGACUAACUGAAGGAAGAGCUGAUGCUGAAGAUUCAGUUUCACUGGCAGUGGUGGUAACUGUGAUCCUUAUCUUGGUGAUCUGUACUGCUUUGUUAUCUUGUCUUAUCAGACACUGGCAAGUCAGGAGGAAGCUAAAUGCACCACCACCAUUCAAGCCACCUCCUCCGCCAACAAAAUACACAGCAAUUCAAGUGUAAUCACAGAGUGAAGUCAACUGUUCAACAGAAUAUUGUCGUAUGAGCAAAGAAUCAUCAUGUGGAUGUGGAUCAGUAGGAGACUAUUUAACCCUGUUGAAUUUGUGCAACACACGCAAAAUGCCAGAGGAACUCAGCAGGGCAAGUUAGAAUUAAUAAGGUUGGUGAUGGUGUGGGAGAUGAUGGCCUGGUGCGUAAGUAAGAGGAAGUGUCUGACGGUUGUCGCUGGGCUUCAGCAAGGUAGAGUCAGUCUGCCAGACUACUACAGCAGCCCCUUAUCUAUAGAUUUGUUAGUGAGGUUAGGAUUAGUGUAGAGAGAGUGCAGAGCAGUGUGUUCAGAAGGAGGAAAGUUGGAAUUGUAGAGAGGAGUGGUGAAGUCGAGACAGUUGAUGUCCCAUCAGCAAUGAAAAGAUCCACAGCAGGCAGAGAACGAGGGUUGAAGAUGGGAGAAGGCCUGCUGAGUUCCUCCAGCAUUUUGUGUGUGUUGCUUGGGCUUACAACAUCUGCAGAUUUUCUAAUGUUUGCAAUUGAGUUUAUGUUGUCUCAAUAAUCCCCAGUAACAUUCCCAGAUACAGCCCUGCUCAUUAUCGUGCAUCAUAUCUAUGUGCUUCUUUUUAGUUGUCCUUAUCGAUGUUAUUUCCACCCUCCGUGCAGGUGGUGAAUUCCAGAUCCUAACUACAGUCUAGAUAUGAUUUUUGUUCACAUGCUCCUUCUACAUUCUGCUCUAAACUUUAAUAAUCUGCUUCUUGUUCUUUGAACCAUCCUUGGAUCAUGAUCUUGUACGGCUCUAGUGAGUUUCGUGGAAAUAUUCCAGCUUCUCAGAUCUAGCCUUACGAUUAAAAUCCCUCAUCCUGAAAACAUUUUUGUGAAUUUCUGUUGCACCCUCCAUCAUUCCUUCACACUCACAUUAAAGUAUGGCAAUCGGGAUUACAGGCAAUAGUCCAGUCACAAUAAAGCCAAUAUUUUAAAAAAUGCAACAUGGUUUAAAAAUUAAAAUUUCCUCAGUCACUGGAGGACUGAAAGAUCUUUAGACUGAAAUAUUAAUUCUGCUUUUCUUUUUCCAUAUGCUGCCUAACCUGUUGAGUGAAUUCAGUAUCCGGCAACAUAAUUUCUUCAUUUUUGAAUUAUGGCCCCAUAGGACUGCUGGUAAAUUGGAUUGGACAUUGGCUCGAUGGAAGAAGCCAGAGAGUGGUGGUAGAAAAUUGCUUCUCUGAGUGGAGGCCUGUGACUAGUGGUGUGCCACAGGGAUCAGUGCUGGGUCCAUUGUUAUUUGUCAUCUCUAUCAAUGAUCUGGAUGAUAAUGUGGUAAAUUGCAUCAGCAAGUUUGCUGAUGAUACAAAGAUUGGAGGUGUAGUAGACAGUGAGGAAGGUUUUUAGAGCCUGCAGAGGGACUUGGACCAGCUGGAAAAAUGGGCUGAAAAAUGGCAGAUGGAGUUUAAUACUGACAAGUGUGAGGUAUUGCAUGUUGGAAGGACAA